GGAGGUCGACGCUCCCAGAAUGCACCUGGCAUCAACACGGCGGCGGCGGCGGUUUCCAGCAGGCUGCGGGGCGCUGUGCAGACAGGAACGCAGCCGGGGGCUCUGAGGCUUGGUCCAGGUGUUGAGGGGCGACUGGAGCCAUGGCGGAGUCGGCGCCUGCUCGGCAUCGGAGAAAACGACGCUCCACACCUUUAACUUCUACACUUCCUUCACAAGCAACAGAGAAAAGCUCCUAUUUUCAGACCACCGAGAUCUCACUCUGGACGGUGGUGGCUGCUAUUCAGGCUGUGGAGAAGAAGAUGGAGUCCCAGGCUGCCCGGCUACAGAGCCUGGAGGGGCGCACGGGGACAGCUGAGAAGAAGCUGGCUGACUGUGAGAAGAUGGCCGUGGAGUUUGGGAACCAGCUAGAGGGCAAGUGGGCCGUGCUGGGGACCCUGCUGCAGGAGUACGGGUUGCUGCAGAGGCGACUGGAGAACGUGGAGAACCUGCUCCGCAACAGGAACUUCUGGAUCCUGCGGCUGCCCCCGGGCAGCAAGGGGGAGGCCCCCAAGGUGUCCAGGUCACUGGAGAAUGAUGGCGUCUGUUUCACCGAGCAGGAAUGGGAGAAUCUGGAGGAUUGGCAGAAGGAGCUCUACAGAAAUGUGAUGGAGAGUAACUAUGAGACACUGGUCUCUCUGAAGGUCCUUGGCCAGACAGAGGGAGAAGCGGAGUUGGGUACAGAGAUGCUGGGUGACUUGGAAGAGGAAGGUCCUGGUGGUGCCCACCCAGGUGGGGUCAUGAUCAAACAGGAGCUACAGUAUACACAGGAAGGCCCUGCGGAUCUUCCUGGAGAGUUCUCAUGCAUUGCUGAAGAGCAGGCUUUCCUGAGCCCGGAGCAGACUGAGCUCUGGGGUGGUCAGGGCAGUUCUGUCCUCCUGGAAACAGGUCCCGGGGACUCGACUCUACAGGAGCCUGUUGGUAGUAGAGAUCCUAGCAGCAGCAGAACUGUGGGCUGCCCGAAGCAGAAAUCUCAUAGGCAGGUACAGCUGGGCCAGGAAUGUGGGCAGGGCCUGAAGCUGAAAAAGGACACUUCCCGCCCCUACGAAUGUUCUGAGUGUGAGAUCACCUUCCGCUAUAAGCAGCAGCUGGCCACACAUCUGAGCAGCCACUCGGGGUGGGAGUCUUGUACACCUGAGGAGCCAGAGGAGAGCCUUAGGCCCAGGCCACGGCUGAAACCGCAGACCAAAAAGGCCAAGCGACAUCAGUGUGAUGUGUGCCUGAGGAGCUUCAGCUGCAAGGUGAGCCUGGUGACCCAUCAGCGUUGCCACCUGCAGGAGGGGCCCAGUGCCGGCCAACAUGUCCAGGAGAGGUUCUCACCCAACAGCCUGGUUGCCCUGCCUGGCCACAUCCCUUGGAGGAAAAGCCGGAGUUCCCUCAUCUGUGGUUACUGUGGCAAGAGCUUCAGUCACCCAUCUGACUUGGUGCGGCACCAGCGCAUCCACACGGGUGAGCGGCCCUACAGCUGCACCGAGUGUGAGAAGAGCUUUGUCCAGAAGCAGCACCUCCUGCAGCACCAGAAGAUCCACCAGCGGGAGCGGGGCGGGCUGGCCCUGGAGCCCGGAAGGCCCAAUGGCCUGCUUUAAGGGUGCAGCCCCUCGCCCGUCUGGGGGGCGGAGGGGGGUGGCAUUGGUUCCCCCAAAGAGACACUGCAGUCAGGGACUGAGUUCUUCCUGAGGGCAGUUGUUUCUGAUUUGCCUUCCCUUGUCCCAGUACCAAGCCAAGCCCAAAGGCUGUCCUGAAAACCCCGUGGAAGAAGAGUCCAGGCCAGGUCUUUACCCUGCUGCCAAGUUUGCUGUUUCUUGGCACCUUCAGGUCUCUGGUUUUCUCAUUCAUGCCAGUGCUUGUGGGCUGGGGUUGGCGUUCUGACCCCACAGGGACUGGUGGCUGGUUCCAGGGCUCGUCCUGGCAUUUCAUGUCUUCCCACGGGGUUGAGUUGGGCCACAGGGGUGAGCAGCUGCCUAGAAGAGUUCUGGGAAGUGUAACCCUCCUUUUUUUCUUGUUUUGUAAUCUCUUUGUUUAAUAACAAGUAGAACAAAUAAUUUAAAUGAACUGCUUAACCCUACUCUGAAGAACCUUUUUUGGAAUUAGAUUUUAGUUAAUUUUUUAAAGAAUACAGCCCAACGCUUUUUUUUUACAUUUUAAGAGUUGUAGAAGUUGUUCCUCACUUGGGGACUGGACCUGCCCUCUAGGAGGGAAUUGUUAAUGGGGCUCUUUUAGCCCACUGACGCUUACUUAGGCCAGAGAGCAGGGGACACGGUGCUAGGUUCCCUCGUGUGGUGCUUGGUGCUCUCAAAUUGUCUGAAAAGGACCAAGAGGAAAAGAGUCGGAGGGGUAGACCCUGCAGCCCCUGUUGAGAAGAAAGAUUCCAGUGAAGUUGCUGAUGGUAUGGCUGUGGUCUGGGACUUACGGUGUCUCAGCAUACCCCAUCCUCUUCCCACCUCCUCCUGGCUGUGUUCUGCAGCCUCCCAGAGUAGAAAACAACUUUGUUACUUAAGGUUGUUCACCUUGUACUAGUGGUUAUUUGAGUUUGUUCCUAUUACAUCAAUCCUUACUUGAGGUGGUUCAGAUUACAGUUUCCAAAUGCAUUCUGAGAUUGCCUAUUCCAGAGAGGGUAGAGAAAAAGCACACAGAUGCUUGUCUCAGGAGUGUUGAAUGUGUGCCCCGCUGCUGUCUGGGGGGAUGGGAGUGGGCUCUGGGGUCAUAUGUGAACAUCCCCUUGGAUGAUUUGCAGUUACCUAGAAUAAAACUUGCUACUAGCAAAAAAAAAAAAAAAAAAAAAAAAAAAGUUCAUACUGGAUGUUUUUCUCCAUCUGUCAGAACACUCUCCUGGGGCCAAGGUGGAGGAGAGGCACCUGACCUGGAGUGAUGGCAGGGAAGGACUGAUGGCACAGCCUGACCUGCACUUUCACUUAAACCUAGGACAGAAAACAAGAUAUGGCAUGGGUGAGAAUAUUCAGGGGACCUGGAGACAGUCUGGGUGAUGGCUUUUGGGAGGUAGAAAGAGUAGGUGAAAUGUGGGUACCCCAGGGAGUGGCAGGCAGCUGUUACGAGCAUUGGCUUAGAUAUAUGCCUAGCCAUCUGGAUCCAUCUUAAACACAACGCUGAGGGGAGAAGAUAAGAAAUUGAGAUCUACAAUAUAACACCAUUUAUAUAAAUAAAAAAUGCAUGCACACAAUACAUUUUGUAAGAACACUUAGGACCAACGGAGACACGUUAAAGACAUUACAGUUUUCCAUGGGGAGAGUGAACAAAUAGAUAGAAGGAAACUUGGGUUACUAUAAGGCAGAGGUCCCCAAACUUUUUGGCACCAGGACUGGUUUCAUAGAAGACAGUUUUUCCACAGACAGUGGUGGGAGAUGGGAUGGUUCUGGAAUGAAACCGUUCCACCUGAGAUCAUCAGGCAUUAGAUUCUCAUAAGGAGCGCACAACCUAGAUCCCUCUCAUGCGCAGUUCACAAUAGGGUUCAUUCUAAGAAUUUAAUGCAGCCACUGAUCUGACAGGAGGCAGAGCUCACUUGCUGUGUGGUCUGGUUCCUAACAGGCCAUGGACCAGUAUUGAUCCACAACCCAGGGGUUGGGGCCCCCUGCUAUAAGGUACAGGAUUGUCUUACUACAGAAACUGAACAUGGUGGGAGUCCUUGUAGGGCUGGCACCGUGCGAGGUGGGUAGUAGCUUCAUCAGGAAAACCUUUGGAGUUUCUUUCCUAAGUUUCUUCUGCAGUCUUUUCUUACCCUCAAGCCUUUGCCUUAUAGAUACCCCCUCUGUCCUGUCCUUAGUUACUCUUACUUCCCAAUUGUUGAGCAUUCUAAUGUGACCAGCCUUAGGCCUUGCAUUGUGGGGAAAAGUGAAGCACAGAAUAUGGUCCUACUUCUCCAAUAAAGUUAAGUUUUCCUUGA